AUGCACCACACAAUUGACACUGAAGAUGAAGUUGUGGUGACUUCACCUCCCAAGACUUGCUCACCAAAAUCCCCAAGAAAAGCUCACAGCACAAAUAUUGGUUUGGCUGAGAUCCAGGAAAAUCUGGGACAGGCUGUCAAUAACUUGGUCAAACACUUCUACAAACCUGAGAAAGAGCGUGGAAACAUCACCUACCUCCUGUGUGGAGAUAAGGGACUUGUACACUGUAUGGAGCAGGUGUUCCAGUUUGGCUUUCGAUCUUCCCGUCUGUUUCGCAACAAGAUCUUUAUUUGGGACUAUAUGGAACGACUGAAAGCUUUCUUCGAAAACGCUUUAAUGGGCAACACACCCUGCCAGCUGUCUGAAGUGUGCAAGGCUGGCUACUGGCUCUUCUGUGACCUGGUGGGCAAAAUCAACACAGCUUCCGACUCUGUGGGCAAAGACGGAAAAUUCCAAGUGUUUAUCUGUGUUGGAAUUAAGAAGCGCUGCCUCCAUCGCUGGCUGCCGCUGAUGGCCAACACAACAGUAACAGCUCAGAUGUACGAGGAGAACUCCUUCCUUCGCAUUCCAAGCCACACCAACUUUGUCAUGCACAUCCUGGAUUCCCUGACCGAGUUUGACAUUCCGCUGGAAGCCUCCCUGCUGCGAGGGAUUGACAUCGACAUCUAG